AUGACGACCAGGUUGCUGGUCCUCCUGAUCAGCGUUACCAACUGGCAACAUGCUCUGCCUGACAGCCUCAACUGGCUCUAUGAGGAUGUCGGCCGAUCAGAGGCAUUUCGAGCAAAAGCAACUAGGUUGGGUACCUCUCCGUUCAUCCUGGUCGAGAGGGACCCGGUACGCUACUCUAAGCCAGAAGAAGUGGAGAACAGGGUAGCUCAGAUGAUGGUAAAGAGGAACUUGCUCCGAGGGGGGUCAACAGCCGGCCCGAUUAUGCAAGGGCCACCCUGCAAGAGCAGCACCUACCGAUCACCUCAUUCGUCAGUUAUGGGUGGGAAGCUCCAGCAUCUCCGCGAUCGAUGCUUCAUCAUGGAAAUCGGGAGCCAGAAACAAGAUUUGCUGAGUGGUGUGCUAGCUUCAGAUGGGAGUCGCUGCGAUGUGAAGCAAGUUUCUCACAGCUCCGAGCCAUCGGGGUUGAGUUUCCCGGAAUCAACCGUCUGCGACGAUGCGAUGAAGACCCAUGGUCAACGGAGUCAAAAGAAUGUCCUGUCAACUCCUGCUACAAAGAAAAUGACGAAGGGCUGCAAAGAGCAAGCGAUCCCAUCCUCAACAACGUGUAAGAAGGCAAAGAUGGGCAAGAAUGUUGUCACUUCGCAGAUGUUAAAGUUGGUCAACUCUCAGCCUGAUGGGAAUGUGUUAAGCCAAAACAGGACAGAAAUAUUUGAAAGACCAGCCAAGAAGAGCAAUUCAACCAGCAGAGACAGCGAGCAUCAUGGACAUGUCCACGUGCAGAAGGGCUGCAGUCUUGGGUGCAUGACUUGGAAGCCCAUGUGUAUGGCGUACAUGUGUGCAUGUAUAACUUGGUACCUCAUCAGAAUCAUCUCCUUCGGAAGGCAGCCCAUCAGAUUCUGUCUCUCGUCCCACAGAGAAGUCAAGCUGUAUCUGCUCACAACUCAGAAACUGGUCGGCAAAUCAGCGUGCGAUGCAGAGACAGAAGAGGCUCUCAGAGCUGAAGAUCCAAAUGAUGUGUGGAAUAGGGUUUCAAUGGAAUACUCAGGCAACGUGCCCUACAAGGGGAAGCUGCGGCGGUUAGGGUGUUGGGUGUUCAACCAGGUGAAAGCCUCUGCUGCCGACCUUCACUGCCUGACGCCUCACGAAGCGAAUCUUGCAGCGGAAGGGACUCCUUUCCUCAAGCAGGUUCGGGGGGCGGACAAACUGUGGCAGAAAAGGAACAAAGAGUUCGAGUGGGAAGCUCGGUUCCGUGAACUUUGCCUGUACCGUAUGCAUCAUGGUACGUGCGACGUGCCGAGGAAAUAUGAGGCGAUCGGAUUUCGAUGGCAGAUGCGGAAAUCGUCACCAUGCCGUCGAGAAGUACAUCUGAAGCCAACGGACGUUUGGCCAGAGGGCCCAGGCAUCUUUGCCGAACACUACUGCGGAAGUUCUAACGAGAAGCCUGUCGAGCACCAAGUUUGCAUCUGCGGUGAACAGCAGCCCAAGAAGGUGAGGAUCUUCUGCCCCCUCCAUUUGCAUCCUCUGGAUCUCCUUGGCGCUAAGAAGAUCGUCCUCGUGUUGAUCAUCUCUCGGCAUCUCUUCCAAGAGUAA